AUGGUGCGUCUACGGGAAAUCCCCCGAACAGCCGCCUUUGCCUGGUCUCCCGGCUCUGCGUUCCCCCUCAUUGCCACGGGGACACGGGCUGGUGCAGUCGAUGCAAACUUCUCUAAUGAGACGGACUUGGAACUUUGGGAUCUUGCCCUGGACACCGAAGGAGGUGCCGUCGAGUUACAACCCGCAGCAAAAAUUAGUUCGGAGUCUGGGUUUCAUGACCUUGCAUGGACGGAGUCGGAUGAUAGUUCUCGGGGCAUCAUUGCUGGCGCCUUGGAGAAUGGGUCGUUAGAUCUUUGGAGUGCAGAUAAGCUGUUGAGCGGGGCAAGUGAUUCGCUCGUCUUGAGAGCCUCUCAGCAUUCUGGCCCCGUCAAAACGCUACAAUUCAAUCCGCGACACUCGAACCUUCUGGCAACCGGUGGAAGCAAAGGAGAACUUUUCAUCUCGGACUUGAACAAUCUUGACCAGCCGUUCCGACUGGGAAAUGUUGCAGCACGACUGGACGAUAUCGAGUGCCUCGACUGGAACAAAAAAGUGCCCCAUAUCUUGGUCACGGGAAGCAGCGCGGGGUUCGUCACUGUGUGGGAUGUUAAGACUAAGAAGGAGAGUUUGACGUUGAACAAUCUGGGGAGGAAGGCUGUUAGCGCUGUUGCGUGGGAUCCGGAGAAGCCAACAAAACUCGUCACGUCCAUUCCCCUAGAGACAGAUCCUCUGAUUCUAGUUUGGGAUUUGCGCAAUACUAAUGCACCUGAAAGAGUAUUGAGAGGUCAUGAAUCCGGAGUGUUAUCACUUUCAUGGUGUGCCCAGGAUCCAGACCUACUCCUGUCCAGCGGCAAGGACAACCGGACCAUCUGCUGGAAUCCUCAGACCGGAGUUCAGUAUGGCGAAUUCCCCGUCGUCACCAACUGGACCUUCCAAACACGAUGGAACCCCCAUAACCCGAACAUGUUUGCUACGGCCUCCUUCGAUGGCAGAAUUUCUAUUCAAACCAUCCAGAGCACUAGAGCUGAUGCCGCAGCGCAAGCUGGAGCAAGUCAUGGCCAGCCUGUCGACGAUGAAGACUUCUUCGCCAAAGCUCAGUCGCAACCGCAAGUUUCCUCGUUUUCUCUGCCAAAGCCUCCCAGAUGGUUGGAAAGGCCUGUCAGCGUUUCGUUUGGGUUUGGCGGUAGAGUGAUAUCUGUCGACCUUACGGAACCUGGUAAACCGGGCUGUCGCACUUCGAGAGUGAAAGUUACUCCUUUCGAAGUGGAUUCAAACAUCAGCAGUGCUACUGAGAAAUUCGAAGAGGCGCUAAAGGCCGGCGACCUGCGGAGCAUAUGUGAAUCUAGAAUUCAAAAUUCCAGGAGUGACUCGGACAAGGCUGAUUGGAAGGUUAUUGAAACAUUGAUAUCGGAGAACCCGAGAAAACAGGUUAUUACUUAUUUGGGAUUUUCGAACGAGGUUGAUGAGGCUGCUGAUAGCCUAUCACAACUUGGACUGGGGAAGAGCGAGGGCGAGGUUAACGGGAUAUCUGGUGCAUCUGACUCUCCCAGUCCCGGGGGUGCAAAAAGACAUAAGCGGUUGUCUUCGAUUUUUGAUACGCAUGCGGAUAGCGAUACCUUUCUUACAGAUUUAUCUGCUUCUAAGGGGGCUAGGACGAAUGAUCCGUUCCAGAUCUAUACUGGUUCCGAAUCUGAGGCAGAUAGGGGAAUAACGCGAGCGCUUCUCCUAGGAGACUUUGAAAAGGCGCUUGAUAUAUGUCUUCAGGAGGACCGGAUUUCUGAUGCUUUUAUGAUUGCUGUGUGCGGGGGACAAAAGUGCGUUGACAAGGCCCAGGAAGCCUACUUCCAGAAGCAGGCUCAGGGGCCGAACUAUCUCAGACUGCUGGCUUCCAUUGUUGGUAAAAACCUUUGGGAUGUUGUGCACAAUGCAGACCUUGCGAACUGGAAGGAAUCCAUCGCUACGAUCUGUACAUUUGCGACGAAUGAGGAAUUCCCUGACCUGUGCGAAGCUCUCGGGGAUAGGCUGGAAGAACAAGCCAAAGCUAAAGACGACAAGGAGAGUCGUAAAAAUGCUGCCUUCUGCUUCUUGAUCAGUUCAAAGUUGGAGAAGGUGGUGGCUAUCUGGAUUGAUGAGCUUCAAGAAAACGAGAGUAAGAGUAUUCAGGAGGCCUCUGACGAUACAAGUUUUUCGAUUCACAUUCGUGCUCUCCAGAGCCUUAUCGAAAAAGUUACAGUCUUCCGCCAGGUCACCAAGUUCCAGGAUACUGAGAAAGACAAGACGUCCGAUUGGAAGCUUAGCAGCCUCUAUGACAAGUAUCUUGAGUAUGCUGACGUUGUUGCAACACACGGACAACUGGGCAUCGCUGAAAAAUAUCUUGAUUUGCUGCCCCAGGCUCAUUCUGCUGCUGAGACCACAAGAAACAGGAUCAAACUAGCUACGCGCAAGACAGCUGCAAAGGCAGCUCCCUCCAACCAAGCUACCGCGUCCCGUCUGACCUCGAAGCCCCUGCCACAGCAAUCCCCUGCGUCUCACGGAAUGUUUGCGCCAAACGCGCCCAUGACGCAGACAAGUAACCCAUAUUCCCCACCAGCUCCUAUGCCAGCCAGCAAUCCUUACCCGCCAACAGGAGCUACAACAACCUACUCCCCAGCAGGUUAUCAACCGUCUCAACCACGGCCAGGCGCAGGACCUGUUGCUCCUCCAACGCAAACCUUUGGGGUAGCUGGACAUUCAAACAUCGGCCCACCGCCACGGGCCACAAAUCAAUCCCCAUCCACAGUCACUUCAUAUACGCAGGCUACGAAUCUCCCUGCCUGGAACGAUUUGCCCGAAGGGUUCGCCAAGGCUCCAACUCCACGACGCGGAACCCCCAGUGCAGGUGCUGGUGUAAUCAGCUCCCCCUUCCCAAACCAAUCACCAAACCCGUCCCAAUCUCCACGAGCAAUGUCUCCCCACCCGCCAGCCCCGCCCAGGCAGCGGACAUCAAUGGCAGCCCUACCCCCACCAAAGGGACCCGCUCCUCCCCAGCGCAUGACCUCCCCUCCCUCCGUGGGACACCAUCCUCCCUAUGGCUUCCAGCCACCCGAGAGACCUCCAUCGACUACGUCAAACCCAUAUGCCCCGACCACAACUCAACCACCAGCCGGACCGGGUAUGAACAUCCCUCAAAUUCCCCGCGGGCCGUCCCCUUACAAUACCCCGCCGUCUGGCCCACCACUGUCGAACCGUUACGCUCCAAAUUCCGCUGCGCAGCCAUCUGGGCCCCAACAUCCUCGACCUGCGGCCGCUCCAUACCCCACUAACCCCCCCGCGCCUUCACCAGGCCCGUCGCCAUACGCGCAACACCAACCUCCACCUCUACAGGGCCCGUAUGCACCCCCUAGCGCGCCAGGUGGAAGACCAGAGCCCCAGCACCAACCACCACCCGCAGGGCCGGCACCGGGUUCGCAACCAGGUACAGCGCAGUCGCAGAAGAAGACAGCUGUCCCCCCUAAAUACCCUCCUGGCAACCGCAGCCACAUUCCCGCAAACGCACAGCCAAUCUUCGAAAUCCUCUCCGCCGACAUGCAGCGUGUUAAAUCACGUGCCCCAUCCUCUUUCAAAGCGCAAGUCAACGACGCUGAGCGCCGGCUGAAUAUUCUCUUUGACCAUUUGAACAACGAGGAUCUGCUCAGGCCGGGCACGGUGGAGAGUAUGGUUGAGCUUGCGCGGGCAUUGCAGGCGCGCGACUAUGAUACGGCACACUCGAUUCAUUUGGAUAUUUUCACUAAUCGGAAUGAGGAGUGCGGGAAUUGGAUGGUAGGUGUGAAGCGUUUGAUUGGCAUGAGCAGGGCCACUCCCUGA